GCAGAUCAAUCAUGUUGCAGGGACUUCCAAUCACAGACGACAUCUCCAUGUAAUCAUUUUUUGAGACUGAUGUAGCAGUACAUUCCUUCUCCAAGUAGUCUAGACUCGCAAGACCCACACAUUCUCAGUACACUUCUAACAGUUGUUGGUAGUUGAGGCAAUUUCGCACGGAAGAUCUCCAAUAUUCUGUUAGCGGCUGCUUGUGAAAUGUUCGUGGUGACCAGGGUAUUCAGAAGCAUACUUGUCAUAUCAUCACGUUCAGAAGAGACUUGUGUGCACAUUUGCGAAGUACUAGCAGCUGGUGUUACGCUGCUGCAUGGUGCCGAUGGCACUACCUCGGUUUCAUUAGUCAUAGUAUCAGUGUUCACUGAAGAGGGCUCGACUUCAACAGGAAGGACAGCAUGUGAGACAGCCUCCGUUGACGUCGACGCUACCUUUAUCUCGGCCAUUGUCUGCGUAUAAUGACGUUUAUAUCUUUUGUAAGACGUUGUGUAAUGGCAGGUCAACUGUAGAUUACGCUCACGUAUUCUUUUCAGGCUUAAUAUAGGGUAUUUAGUGUUAGACUAGGAGAA